AAGAUCGUAACAAACCUUGAGCGUUUCAGGGUGGUGCGUGACAGUUAAGGGCGAACUCCUCCCAUCAUUCUCCGGGCCUCUCAAUAAUUAUAUACCAUCAUUUCGUUACUGGUUUACGAAGAAGCUUAGCGUUAUAAGUGAUGAUGGUGAAGACAGGCGUGAUUGGGAUUUUGGUGCUGCAAAUGUGUUGGCAAUGGAUGGGGAGUGGGGGGCAGAGAAUAGUGAGGAGGAUGGACCUGCCAUCGCCGGUGACAGGUCCGGAGUCGAUAGCAUUUGACUCCAUAGGAGGAGGACCUUAUACGGGCGGAUCUGACGGCAGAAUCUUCAAGUUCGAAAAUGGGGCCUUUGUUGAAUUUGCUUACACUUCCCCGAUCAGGAAUAAAACCUUGUGUGAUGGAAUAGCGGGCUUCUCAGCACUGCAAGAAACAUGCGGGAGGCCCUUGGGAUUGGGGUUUCAUGAGGGGACGCAGGAAUGGUACGUAGCGGAUGCGUAUCAGGGCCUCGUCAAGGUGCCUUCCUUUGGAGGCCGCCCCACGCAAGUCGUCACCUCUGUACAAUGCCGUCCUUUCCGCUUCCUGGAUGCUCUCGACAUUGAUCCUUCCACUGGCAUUGUUUAUUUCACUGAAGCCAGCUCUCGAUACCAGCUCAAGGACAUGCAGGCUCUGCUCUCCAGCGGUGACAGUUCAGGAAGCCUGCUCAGUUAUGAUCCUCGAACCGGACAAACCAAGGUUUUGCUGGGGAAUCUGGCUCUGCCAGGCGGAGUGGCCGUGAGCAGAGAUAGUUCAUUCUUGCUGGUCACUGAGUUCUUGGCCAACAGAGUUCAGAGGUUCUGGCUCACAGGUCCCGGGCAAAAUAGGUCUGAACUUUUCCUGCAGCUUGCGGGCAGGCCCGAUAAUAUCAAGAGGAAUUCCGGAGGCGAGUUCUGGAUCGCAGUGAACACUCCUCUCGGGCCGCCCACGACAACUGCCUUUUUGCCUCUUGCAGUCAGAGUGAAUGCGGCUGGUUUUAUUUUGCAGAUUGUACCUCUCACCCAAAUAUAUGGCAAUCAAGAAGUCAGCGAAGUCCAGGAGCAUAAUGGGGCACUCUAUUCCGGCUCCCUUCUUGCUCCUUAUGCUGCUAUUUUCAGUCCCUAGUGUUCCGAACUCACAGCUGCAUUGAUCGAAAUUCGUA